CUGUACUUGAUAUUAGAUAAAAACAAUUAUAAAAGCAAUAAGACAAAUAUAUCUUUAUACUUUACAAAUGUAACUAAUUACAUUUAAAACAUAAUUUCAUAACGAAAUGGCUCAUUUACAGUACAUGCCGGGUGAUCCCCGGUUAGUCGAUCAAUUAGUUUAUGAGUUAAAAUCUAAAGGAAUCUUUGAUCAAUUCCGUAAAGAUUGCAUCUCGGACGUGGACACGCGUCCGGCCUACCAGAACCUCCGUCAGCGCGUGGAGAACUCCGUCUCCUUGUUCCUGUCCCGGCAGACCUGGAAGCCGGAUUUGAACAAGAACCAGCUGCGGGAGAAACUCAGGAAGCAUAUACUUGAUGGCAACUACCUCGAGCAAGGCGUAGAAAGAAUCGUGGACCAAGUAGUCAACCCCAAAGUGGCGUCUGUCUUCAUACCCCAAGUAGAAGACUUAGUUUACAACUACCUUGGCAUCGCUCGCAAGAAAUCUACCCCUGAAACAUCAAAUGACAAAGGAAACGCUUCAACUGAUCUACUGCCUACUGAUUUAGAAGCUGUCAGUCCCGGGUCAGUGAAAAGUGAUGAUAAAGAUGAACAAAUGGAAGAAUCUAAAGAUGAAGGAAUGGAACUUGAUGAUGAUAAAAUCAAAGAAAUUAAUAUCAACGACAUAUCCAUGCCAUCUGAUAUAGAACCUGAAAAAGAGGCAGAUACUCAGCUUUCCGGUAUCAGUGAUUUGACUUCACACGGUUCUGAAGCUAGUUUAGGUAAAUUGAGCAUACCUAUGCCUGCUGAAGAAAUUAAUCUGGAGAACAUACCGUCUCCAGAGAACAGCCCUCCUAAAAUUGAUCUAGACAGCAUUGAGUUGCCUAAGGAAGAGCCAGAAAGUAUUGAGUUAAAAGAUAUACCUUUGCCUGAUGAGAGCCCAAAAGAAGACAAAGAUCAAUACUUUAAACCAAUAAGCAGUGAUGAUGAUUCUAAUUCUGAAUCGUCUAUAAUCAGAAAUAUGUCACCUCUGACACCAAUCAGGAAUUUCAAUAAUGAAAAUUCGUGCGACGCGCAACAGGCUUUUGAUAAUGAUUCAGAUCAUAAAAAUGAUGAUAAAAAGGAACCUAAUACAUUUAGAUUUACUAUUGAUGCGAAAUCACCUGAAAAUAGUUCUGACGUCAAAGAUAUUAAACCAGAAAAAGAAGAACAGGCAAAUUUGGCGUAUCAGUUUAAUGAGCAAGUUAAUAUCAACACAUUUAACACACCUUUAUAUGAUGAUAGUUCUAACAGUCACAACUUACAAAUCGAUUAUGAAAGUGAUGCAAACAGCAAAACCAAUUUGGAUAAAAUUCCUUUCCCUGAUGAUCCUACGUCAGAAGAUUCUAAGAAAGAAUCCACAGAAGAGAAAAGGAGUCACAAAAGCUCACACAGAUCUAGAGAUUCCCAUAGACAUAGCUCUAGCAGCAAAGAUAAAAGAACCGAUUCAAAACAUUCAAGUUCUAAAGACAGAAAAGAUUCUAAACCAGACAAGAAAUCUUCUAAAGACGACCAGAGUAAGUCCAAAUCUAGUUCUGAUAAGUCUAAAGAAAAGGACCGAAAAGAAAGCAAAGAUAAAGAUUCUAAAUACAAAAGUUCUCAUAAAAGCUCCAGCAGCAAAGAUUCGAAGCAUAGAAGCUCAAGUUCCAGUCAAAGGCAUUCAAGCAAACACGAUGAUAAGGACAGAAAGUCUAGUAGUUCAAGCAAUAAAGAUAAAGAAAAGUCAGAUAAAAGUUCAAAAGAUCACAAAUCAUCAAGAGAUUCUAAAUCAUCUCGUUCAGAUAAAGACAAAGAUAAAAAGAAAAAAGACGAUAAAGAUAAGGAUAAAAAAGAUAAGAAAGACAAUGAUGAUCAUUACAGUGCAUCAGGUAGGGGAAAUCACACUCGUCGCUCCACUGAUAGAGAUUCUAAUGAUGGUAGCUCAUCUUCAAAAGGAUCACAUAAUCCAUCUAGCUCAAAAUCCUCUGAAAGCAAAACCAAUAAGGGUAACAGUUCCAAAUCUGAUAAUACAUCACCGAGCAGCCAUUCUACAAGCCCCAGUGAUAAAGAAAACGUAUUGAAGGAGGGAAAUACAAAAGCUAACAUAAAUCAACCAAAACCGGUCAGAGUAGAUACACGAUUAGAAAUGCCAAUGGCAUCGCCUCCGCGCCUCCCUUUUGUACCAGACGUGACCUUGAAAAAACCUAGAUUCGCUGCGAAUUUAGCAGAAGCAAAGCGGCUCAUGAAAAUGAGGAGAUUCUUGGAUGAAGAACAGAAGAGAAUGAAUCAAGAGGCAGCAUUACUUUUAGAAUUCCAGGCAAAUGUUAGACCCAGUCUGAGCCAAGUAUAUUCUAGCGUAUCUGGCCCUGAAUUAGAGUUUGCUUGCAUUUCUAAUACUGCGGAAUCUCAAAAACCAAUAAUAGAGACGAAUUAUGCUGAAGUGAAACUUAUUGAAGAAAUUGAAUAUGCUCCUGAUUCCAUAGAAAUGCAACUUAGUGAAAUGAAUAAGGAAACUAAAACGGUGAAAAAUCCAAGUGAAAUGGAAAAAGAAGCUAAUAAGGAGGAUGAAAUAAAAGAAGAAGUAGUUACAAAAGAGGAAGCAAUCGAAACAGAGAAAGAUGAAAUAAAAGAACAAGUAGUUACAAAAGAGGAAGCAAUUGAUACAGAGGAAGUAUAUGAACCUAUAGUAUUAAAUCAACCCGACUUUGAGGAUACAGAGAAGAUAUUAAACGAAAUUUCAAAGAAAGUAUACGGAAUUGUAGAUGACGAGGAUGAAGAUGGUAUAAAAGACAUUUACAAGCCAGAGCUUAGGAAAGAUGAAGAAAUAACCGAAGGCAUUAAAAAUGAACACACAGAAUUUGAGGUUACAGUCAUAACUGAAGAAAUUAGUGACAAUGAAACUGUAGGGGAUAUUCCAGAUGAUGAAUUAAGAGUAGUAAUCCAACAAGAAGAUCAAGACGAUAAAUUCGAAUAUUUCGCUGAACAUGAGAAGUAUAAUGCCGAAUUAGAAAGAGACAAAUUCGAGAGAUUCCUCAAAGCAUACACAACUGACAUAGGCAGUAACAAAUUAUAUCUUAUAAACUGUGAUUCUUAUGAAGAAAGCAUUAUGAAAGAAGUAGCACAAGCUCAUGGCAAUUUCGAAAUUAUAAACUAUCACAAAAACGGCCAUAUGAAUAAGAAUAUAGUUAAAAACGUAAAUGUGUCAAAUGAAAUUGUUCUACCGCUAGAUAGAAAUACACCGGUGCAAAUGAUGAGAUCCCCAGUAUUUAGUCCGAACAAAUCCGAAUGUUCUUUCGAACUAUCAAGCGACUAUGAUGCAAAAUUAGAAGAAAUGGUGAAUAAGGCAUCGAGACAACAGAUUAUGGAGAUAAUACUUGGUGGAGCGGAGCCGGAGGAAAGUAAACUGCCACAGAUAGACUACUUUGUGGAGGAGAACAUUGUGAAACAAGAUGGUUUGAAGAGGAAACUGUCGGUUGAGAGUGAUAAUAAUAAUGGGCAUGUGCUGAAACCGAAAUUGAGGAGAUUGAGCGAAUCGGAUCAAAUAUCAUCUACUACUGAAGAGACCCCAGACCCGCUGAACGUGAAUCGGACCAACAACGUUCGCUCUAAAUACUUGGGCAAGGCGCGACGAGUUGGUCUGCCUAGGCCUAAGAGGACCGUGCACCCCAACAGUCCGUCGAGCGAUAAGUCCGUCGAAAACUACGACACCAACGACCGCUCCCCAGACACCAAGAUGAAAAGGACCCCCCAUGUGCGCUACGACACCUCAGACCUCUACAAACCGAAGCUCCACUAUCUGUCCCGGAGGAACAAUAUUACAUAGGUUAGGUUACCAUAUUAUAGACACCAAGAUAAAAAGGACCCCCCAUGUCCGCUACGACUAUGACACGUCGGGCCUCUACAAACAGAAACUCCACUAUCUGUCCCGGAGGAACAAUAUUACAUAGGUUAGGUUACCAUUUACUAAACAUUCAUUAUUGAACUUUAGCUUAUACCACAGACAAAACAUCCUCCAGACUGAGCAUAGUCGCGCUACCCCCUCUGCCACGCAUACGGUAAUUUUACUCCAUGUUCGAGUCGAAAGUGUCUUUGUGUGACGUCCGUGUCUUUGAACGGACCAAUCACGGCACGGGACUUCGCUCACCUCGUCGCGCGCACUCCCGGAUUUUUGGCAUCAUCGGUUGCAUGAAAUAAUUGCUCUAAACUCGGUCUAGAGGAUUCCUAGUCUAUGGCUUAUACGUACAGUUACAGUAAUAAAACUUCUUUUUAUUUCCUAAUUUUCCUAGACACUAAAAUGACAGAUAGACUGUCCUUCCGAUAGAUCUUUUAAUAGAAAAUUGGUAAAAAGUACAUACCUACCAAAUAAAUGGUAGUAAAUCGGUCAAAAUAAUUUUAGUAUCUGAGGGCCUACCGAGAACCACGUUCGACGUGUUGCCUCCCUGUCGCACUUGUAAAUUAGUACGUAAGUGCGACAGGGAGGAGACACGUCGAACGCGGUAGGCCCCCUGGUAAGGAGUAUUUGGGUAACUUCGAAAGCGGGAAAUAGCUAAAUAUCUAUAAAAGCAGUAGCACUUCGUACUUUAGCAACAAGGCAUUUUACUUAUUGUUUUUACAAUAGAAAGUGCUUCUAUGCUGUGUAUCUUUGGUUAUUUAAAUAAAAGUAAACAAAAUCUACCCUCAAACGGCUCCUUAAGCCAGUUGAGGGUAGAUGAAAACAUUGCAUGAUCAAAUAAUGUAGGUUAAAGUCAGGUCGUUCAGAGAUCUAGGCGGUUCUGUAAUUGGUCGGUUACCACCAAAAAACUACCAACCACUAAAAUUUAAUGUUGUAAUUACCCGAAAAUGUGCAAUAUUGUUUGUUUACUUUUAAAUACUUACCUAAAGAUACAGACUACUUUAUUGGAUAUUUGACAUGUCUAGUUUAGUUGAUAUUUGCCAUCAAAAUUACCCCGCUUUCUAAGUUACCGUAACGCACAUUAUACAGGGUGGAAAGAUAAGUCGGGCCCUGGAGGGAAACUACCUUAAAUCCUUAAGCUGGCUCAUUUUACUUAAAGGAGCCAUUCCUUUAUUUUUAAAAAGAAACAAAACUGCAUUCAAAGAUUUUCUAAAACUCGCUUGCCUCGCCCGGGACUCAAACCGACUAAAAAAUUCCAAAAAAAUAAAAACUCGCAAUUUUAUUCUACUAGUCGAUACAGUUAAUGUUAAUGAUAACAUUUCUCCAAGAAACAUCAGGUCUUACACUCGUCUGUCGUACAAAAUAUCCAUAAAAUCUAAUAUUUAGUACUUAAGAUAUUUUUAGACAAGCCAAAUUGAAGAAAAAAAGAAAAAUACUUUGAAUACAGUUUUGUUUCUUUUUAAAAAUAAAGGAAUGGCUCCUUUAAGUAAAAUGAGCCAGCUUAAGGAUUUAAGGUAGUUUCCCUCCAGGGCCCGACUUAUCUUUCCACACUGUAUAGAAACAGCUUACAUUACAAUAGGUUAGGUACAGAUUUACAUCGUUUUAUAGAAUUACAUAUUAUAUAGUAAAAAGCGAUUAUUAUUAGCUAGUGAUUAAUGAUUAACCAGGUUAAUCAUGACAUUUUUGUGUUGAUUGUAUUCCCAAACAAAAAUUUGUAUUAUCAAUUAAUGUAAUUGAUUAUAACUCAUAUUUGUGAUCUUUUAAUUAAGUGACCAAUUUAAAAGAAAUUUCAUCAAUUUCCCAACUGAAAUUAAUAAGAAAACGCAUAAAGUGGUGUUCAAGUAAAUACAUUAUAUCACGUAUUUUAAGUCGAAGUAUGUUAAAUGUAUUUUGCUCCAUAACGAAGAGCUUCAGCGGAAGCACACGUUGGCGGACCGACGUAGACUGCGCCCGCGCGUACGUGAGUGACACGUUUUAAUAUAUGUCUGUGUCACACGGAAGUUUUGUCGUUAGAAUUUGUAUCUGUCAAAUUUUGUGCCACAAUAUCUUACACUACUUUUGCGUCUUCUUAGGCCCACUUGCACCAUACCACUAACUCGGGGUUAACCGGUUAAACCGUUAAGCUAUGUCAAAUUGUACUGGUAACCAUGGUGACACUCCAGGUUUAACCUGUUAACCCCGGGUUAGUGAAUGGUGCAAGUGGCCUCUAUUGUUUUGUCUUUGCCUGUAUUGUGUUUUUACUCCGUCCGAUUCCUUUAUACAAGAACCUCUAAUAAUAUGUAUUGGAAAUACGAUUUUUGUUCAGUGAUGUAACUAUUAAAAAAGUAGAUAGAUAUACGAUACUAUACGGCGAUGAUAAUAUAUAUUAUAUUUAGGGGUAAAAUGAUUACAGGUAGAAUAUAUUAAGUCAUAAAUAUGUGACAUUAGUCUAGAGUUAGAACAAGAUAAGUCUGCAGCGCAGUGCAAGUGUUAUGUUAAACGUCAAACUUCUAUGAAAUUAUGAGUGUGCUAUCAAUAUUGUUGCAGACUUAUCUUGAUCUAACUCUAUAUAUUAUGAUCCUUGCCAUAUAUAUUAUAAGCACUCGGAGUCGCAAUUAUUGUUUUCAAAUAUGCUUUAAAGUCCUUACUUUAGCUGAAAUAAACAUACGUUUUAUGGUAAAUGGAUUGUCAAACCGUACAGCGACAUCUAGUACAUUUGUCAGUUAUAUUUUGCGUCUUAACUGUUAACACAUUUAGGGCCAAGAACCCGACUGUCGGGUACACUGUUCGUAGCGACUACGCGCUACAUACGGCGAAACCGUGGCUACGCGGUACGAGCGUAACAUGUAGCACUUAGUGGCAAUGAAUGCAGUGCCGGAUUUACCACUAGGCUGAGUAGGCUGAAGCCUAGGGCGGCAGAUUUUAGGGGGCGGCAAAUUUGGGUCAAAUAAAAUAUUUUAUGUGCUAGACCAGAAUUUAUUUGUAAAAUUUAAAUAACAAGCAUAAUUAGUCUGUCAUGUCAAGACCUUUUUGAAGUACGAAACCCUAAACAUGUACCUACCAUUUUCUCGAAAAAAUUUCGCGCUCGCUACGCUCGCGUUUUCAUUUAAGUACCUACAUUAUUUGUGACCCAUCUGUCUACAUUGUAAAUUUGGGAUGGUCGACGAUUCUUGUAUCUUCGUGGUAUUAUAGGUUCCGAUUCUUUCCUUUUGAAAUACGGAACCCUAAAAAUUUACCUACCUACGAAUAUAUUCUCGAAAAAAUUUCGCGCUCACUACGCUCGCGUUUUAGUUUAGCUAACUACAUUUUAUUGUUACCCAUCUAACCAUAUCAUUGAAUGAUAGCACAGAACCUAGUAGAACGCCAGCGGUAAUGUCUACGCUAUCGGAGCAGCUUCCGUCUACUAUACGCCUCAUAUGCGUCUACCGGAUAAAAAGCUAGCGAUCCAUUUGUAUAGCAUAGUCUUUCGAGCAGACUCAAUGCCAGACCCGACCGAACUCCUUAGCUAUAUCCAGCCUGACUGCCAAUGUCUCACCUUGAUUCUCAAUGGCCAAAACCCAGCGGUACCCACCGGUCACCGAUCAGAUCAGGCAAAUAUAAAGAGGUUGUAUCGUCAUUGAGUGACAAAAACGGCCCAUAUAAAUCUGUAUCUAGAAUGUGAAAGUGACGUCACCUUAUAUGCAUUUUAAUAUGGCUAUGGUGUGUUGUACUAUAAAAUUAAACGCCUCUGAUAGGAGAGUACUUUAAAAAACCUAUAAGCGAGGCGGAUAGGGGCGGCAAAAUCGGCAUAGCCUACGGGCGGCAAAUGUCUAAAUCCGGCACUGAAUGAAUGUGUUAAUAUUAAUUUGACUAUGGCCUUACCUUGUCACUUGCCAGACAGUCGCAAGUGUAUUAUAGCCUUUUUACAAGCUUUUAUUUAGUUUCACCUGACCGUUGUCUGUCUGUGUGUAAUCAAAUCUUGCAAGUUAAAUUUGAUACACUUCCCUGUUUCCGAUUGAGCUGAAAUUUUGCAUGCAUGUAUAAAUCGGAUGACAAUGCAAUAUUAUGGUACCAUCGAGCUGAUCUGAUGAUGGAGACAGGAGGUGGCCAUAAGAACUCUGUGAUGAAACAACGCAACCUAAUUGUGUUUGGGGUUUUUAGAAUUGUCUCGAUGAGUAUUAGUUGUCUGUCGUAAGAAAAGUACAGUCAGCGAUAAAAGCUUGUACCAAAAAAUGAAAUUUUUGCCAAAAACUUAUUACAAGCUUUUAUUAACUGCAAUAAUUUUAAAUUUGCAUCACCUAUGAGUGGAAUAUGUCAGAAGCAUACUUUUUUAAACUAAAAGGUUUCUAGCAUGGAUUUCGUUCGCUCCUAUUAUCACUGGGGACCAUUUCACUUCAAAGUGUGGCGAUAUCUCAGUGGUAAUAGAUGGUAGCAAAAAAAUUGGCCGUUGGUCGUAAAAUAAGUUUAUCUCAAGUAAUUUUUACCAUAAAACCUGCGCAUGCACAUACUUAUUAAGUAGUUUAGAAUGGUUUAUAAAUAAUAAUUAUAUUAUUACAAAGCGUUUUUCGAAUGUUAACUUUUUCAACAUAAUGAUGAUUAAUUGAAUACCUAUAAAUGUUAAAUAAAUAAUCAUAAAACUGG